GUGUUCUCUCUCUAUCCUCCUGGGACAUCUCGCCUCCUUCACGCGCCCCCCCGUUGGCCUCAAGUCAGAACUUGUCCAUCGUCCCAAAGUGGAACGGCAUCGAUUCUCUCUGCGUGUUUCUGACCAGCCAGCCUCUGUGAGGCGCGUGUCACAGCCCGGCGCGCGGGCAACUAACAAAAUCCACGCGUCCUGCAGGGUCUGGGCACAUUUGCAUGCGCGCUGACUGACAGACUGACAGACUGACAGGCAGAGUAGAUUAGGGGAGAGAGCGCGCGCGUCUCUGACACAGACACACAGACAACCUGAUAAAUCGUCGUGCAUCGUCUCGCGCACUAGACUGAACUUUUAUUGUUACUAAAUGUCAGGAAAGCCGUACGACACGCGCCCACCAGGGUAGGUCACUUCCCCUCGACCGGAGAUGCUCGUUGUUUGGGAAUCUAGCUGCAUGUGAGGUGUCCAGAGCUCGAGCGCGCGCGGGUAGGCAUUCUCGCGAGCAGCAGGCGCUCCAUCAAAACACGUUAGAAUCAGUUCAAGACAUCCAGUUGAGCAGAAAUUGAGUUCGAGCGCAAUUCUAUUAGAUUGUAUAUUAUUGUUAUUAUUAUUAUUGUUAUUAUUAUUAUUAUUAUUAUUAUUAUUAUUAUUAUUAUUAUUAUUAUUAUUAUUAUAUCACUGUCAUUUCAUUUGUGUGCGGGAGGAUGCGCAGGAGAAGCGUUCAGGCAGCUCGCUCGGUCCAGCUGUGUAGUUUUAGUGGGUAGAGUGAGGAAUUUCAGCACCGCGGACAGCUCCGCGCGCGCCACGCUCAAACUUCCCCCUGUCCGCGGCUCCGUCCAGCAGCCACAGCAGACACGGCCGGCGAGGAGACGGAGAGCGCACCUCCACCUGAGCUUCAGAUGUAACUGGACAGAUCAGCCUUGCAAUCGGCAGAUUCAUCUGCUCAAGGAGGAGGUCCAAAGCACAAUCCACGACUCUGAUCUCGGCAAAAGCUCAACAAGCUGAGGAUGGCGCUGAUGCUGGGCCUGGCCUGUGCCUGACCACAAACACAGUGUCCGUGCCAUCUGCUCACACGUCGCCCUCAGCGCUGUCCCCAUCCCAGAAAGGAGAGAUCAGAGGACAGACAGAGAACAGCAGAGCUUGAGAGAGUCCUGCCCUCGUCUGCGGACGCCAUGGCUGGGAGGUCGCCGCGGCUGCGGGGUCACGGACUCUCCUGGCCUCUCCAUCUCCUCCUCCUGCUGCUGCUAGCCAGGAGCCCCCAGGCUCUUGCUGUUCCUGGCUACAGUACUGACUCCUCCAAGAAGGAGAUAACUAUAGAGGGAGACCUGGUGAUCGGAGGCCUGUUCCCCGUACACCAGAAGGGCGAAGGUGUGGAGGACUGCGGUCGAAUUAAUGCCCAGAGGGGCAUCCAGAGGCUGGAGGCCAUGCUGCUGGCUCUGGAUGAAAUCAAUAAGGAUGACAGAAUCCUGCCUGGUGUAGUGCUUGGCGCCCACAUCCUUGACACGUGCUCAAAAGACACUUAUGCGCUGGAGCAGUCAUUGGAGUUUGUGCGGGCUUCACUAACCAAGGUGGACGAUAGCGAGUAUACCUGCCCGGAUGGAUCCUAUGCCAUCCAUGAUGAUGUCCCCCUCGCCAUCUCUGGUGUGAUUGGGGGGUCCUACAGCGAUGUGUCAAUACAGGUGGCCAAUCUUUUGCGGCUUUUCCAGAUUCCUCAGAUCAGCUAUGCCUCGACCAGUGCUAAGCUUAGCGAUAAGUCGCGUUAUGACUACUUUGCCCGAACAGUACCCCCAGACUUUUACCAGGCUAAGGCCAUGGCUGAGAUCCUACGCUACUUCAACUGGACCUAUGUCUCAACUGUAGCUUCAGAGGGUGACUACGGAGAGACUGGCAUUGAUGCGUUCCAGCAGGAGGCAAGGGCCUUACAAAUCUGCAUUGCAACAUCUGCCAAGGUUAGCCGUUCCAUGGACCGCUACAGUUAUGAAGCAGUGAUCAGGUCUCUGUUACAGAAAUCAAAUGCAAAAGUUGUAAUCCUCUUCACAAGAAGUGAGGAUGCCAGGGAGCUUCUAGUUGCAGCAAACCGCAUGAAUGUGUCCUUCAUCUGGGUGGCCAGUGAUGGCUGGGGGGCACAGGAGAGUGUGGUGAAAGGGAGUGAAUUAGUGGCAGAUGGAGCUUUCACUAUUGAACUUGCUUCAUACCCAAUCCGUGAGUUCGCUGACUACUUCACAAGCCUAAAUCCUUAUAACAACACGCGCAACCCCUGGUUCCGAGAGUUCUGGGAGAACCGUUUCCAAUGUAGCUUGCACGACAUCAACUGUGGGAAGCACUCACUCCGAGAUGGCAAGUUUGAGCAAGAAUCCAAGAUCAUGUUUGUGGUGAAUGCUGUGUAUGCAAUGGCCCACGCUCUGCACCACAUGAGGCAAGCAGUGUGCCCCAACGCCACUAAGAUCUGCAGUGCCAUGAAACCUCUGAAUGGAAAGAAGUUCUAUAAAGACUACAUCUUGAGGACAAGGUUUGAUGCACCAUUCCGUCCAGCUGAUACAGACAACAUUGUUCAGUUUGAUGCUUAUGGAGACAGCCUGGGCCGGUACAACAUCUUUCACUACCACAAAGAGGAUGGCGUGUACAUUUACCGCAAAGUGGGCUACUGGGCCCAGAGUUUGAGCCUGAAUACUAGUCUGAUUCCUUGGGAGAAUCAAGUACCUACCUCACAGUGCAGCGACCCAUGCAGAAAGAAUGAGAUCAAGAGUAUGCAGCCCGGUGACGUCUGCUGUUGGAUCUGCAUCCCCUGCCAGCCCUACCAGUACCUCCUUGAUGAAUUUACUUGUGCAGACUGUAGCUUUGGGCAGUGGCCACUUGAAAACCUGACUGGCUGCUACAACUUGCCUGAGGAGUACAUCCACUGGGAGGAUGCAUGGGCCAUUGGACCGGUCACCAUUGCCUGUUUGGGGAUCCUCUGCACACUGUUUGUGAUUGGUCUCUUCUUGAAGAACAACGAGACACCAGUGGUAAAAGCUAGUGGGCGAGAACUUUCAUACAUAUUACUACUUGGAGUGCUCCUGUGUUACUGCAUGACCUUCAUCUACAUUGCCAAACCUUCAGCAGUAGUGUGUACAUUACGUCGUCUCGGACUGGGUACCUCCUUCGCAGUUUGCUACUCGGCACUUCUGACCAAAACCAACCGCAUUGCACGUAUCUUCAAUGGUGUCAAAGAUGGAGCUCAGAGGCCAAGGUUCAUCAGUCCUGCUUCACAAGUAGCCAUUUGUGCUGCACUCAUUUCCUGUCAACUGUUGGUGGUGGUGGUCUGGCUCUUGGUGGAGGCACCAGGCGUGAGGAAGGAGAUCAGCCCAGAGAGAAGAGACAUAGUCAGGCUGAAGUGCAACAGCAAGGACUCCAGCAUGUUGAUGUCCUUGACCUACAACUGUGUCCUCAUUAUCCUCUGUACCUUCUACGCCUUCAAGACCAGGAAGUGCCCAGAGAAUUUCAACGAAGCAAAGUUUAUCGGCUUCACCAUGUACACCACCUGCAUCAUCUGGCUGGCCUUCCAACCCAUCUUCUAUGUCACAGCCAGCGACUACAGGGUCCAGACCACCACCAUGUGUAUCUCAGUGAGUCUGAGUGGUUCAGUGGUUCUGGGCUGCCUCUUCGCUCCCAAGAUCCACAUCAUCCUGUUCCAGCCGCAGAAGAACGUCACCACGCUCAGAGUGGCCACCACCCGCUUCAGUGUCACCACCGGUCCUGGCUCCAGCUUCUCCCAAGCUUCAGCCGCGAACAUUGUGCCGACAGUGUGUAAUGGAAGAGAAGUAGUGGAUUCGACAACAUCAUCUCUCUGAAAGACAGGAGUUCCGUCCAUCUGCCAAACGUAUACAGAUGAAUCUUAUCACUAGUCAAUAAAACAGGUGUUUGCUGAUAUUAAGAAGGCCAUUCUCAGUAAAGAGGGCCACUUAUGUUGUUCUCAACGUGCUGUGAGUACAAUUUCCCAAUUCUCUCUCUCUCUCUCUCUCUCUCUCUCUCUCUCUCUUUCUCUCUCUCUCUCUCUCUCUCUCUCUCUGAGAGUAGUUAGAAGUUAUCAACGGGAUGCCAAUUGAAACUCUGUAUACCCCUUCUUUUUAUUGAACAUAUGAUAAAGUAUUAUUUGAGACAUGGAGUAAAAUGAUAGUAAAUCUGUUUAAUGUAUUAUAUACAGGAUGUUUUUAAUGUAGAUUUUUGGUGAUUCAGGUUUGUGCUUUCUUGUAA